AUGUCAUUUAGCUGGGAUUGUAUAGGAACUCGUUUGUUUAUUGUUUUAAACUAUUUGUGGAUUACAUCGUCACUGGUGGUGGUUUUCUUAAACCCUGUGUCUGUUGGUUGUCAGGUGCAAGCCUUCUUUGCUGCAGUGAAGGCAUUGUCACAGAAAGAAGUGCAUUAUGGUUCUUAUGCAACAUCAGAGCAGGUGAUUGUGGCUGGUGAUCUUUGUGCUAUUUGUCAAGAGAAGAUGCAUGCUCCAAUAUUACUUCAUUGUAAACACAUCUUCUGUGAAGAUUGUGUAUCAGAGUGGUUUGAGAGGGAAAGGACCUGCCCAUUGUGCAGGGCUUUGGUAAAACCAGCAGACUUGAGGUCAUUUGGUGAUGGUUCUACUAGUUUAUUCUUCCAGUUAUUCUAAGAUAUUAUAAAUACAAGCCAGGAUGUUUUUCUGCUAUGAAGCUUUUUACAUUUUUGAAAGAAGCAACCUUGAUAUAUAUACACCAACAACACAUGUAAAAUUUCGCCGGAGGCAUUCGUGGUUACACUUUGAGAACGUCGAAUGCGGAGGAGUCACAUUGAACUGGUCACAUCAUGUUCAUAUAAUAUACUAGUAAGAGGUUAAGUGUAUCUUCUAAUGACCCUAUAAGCUAGAGGAAGUUCAUUGUAAGUCUAUGACUCUUAAUUAAGAAAUGAAGGUCUAUUUCUGCAGUUUCUGCCAUAUAUAGUGUAAAAGUGACAAAUAUUUCCGAAUGUGGUUUAUGAAACACACCCGCAAGGAGUGUUGCUUCACUUCACAAAAUCUUUGUGUAGUUUUAUGUU